AUGCUACAAAAGAUAACUUUUAUCGCUAUACUGAUUUUUCUUCAUCCAAGUGUUCAAGUGAAUCUGAACUAUCGACAGUGUUGGGUCUAUAUUCCUGGGAUUUCUCAAGGACCUAUGAUCAUCAAUUGCACAAAUGGAGACAAUAUUUGUGUGCGAAUUUCUGGCGGUGAUAACCUAAACAAUCCAUCCUUUGUGGCAAAGGGAUGCUCGCAGGGUUGGUGCAAUGGAAAGAACAUGUCCAUCGACUAUACCUUACAAAGUGCUGACGGAUUAUCGACAAUGAGUUGUUGUGACACGGAUUUGUGUAAUUCGACACCACAGUUUGCCUUUCCGUUUUUGUCGAUCGUUUUGAUCAGCUUUAUCAGCUUUAUCAAGAAUUCUCUU